AUGUAUGGCUUUCUGUUCGUUCCGCUUACGUUGGUUGUGCUUCGUGAUCUCGGACAAUGGGCCCUCGUUCACAUCACGAAAAUCUAUGCCCAUCUGUUGAUCAUGUUCAGAAGAGCGCGAGGACAUGAGGAGACCAAGGAUGACGAAAUGAUCAGUCUGCCAAUCAAAUUCUGCAUGGGAAUGAUGUUUGGCUACUUGAUGUUUGCCAGUCUGUUUAUUUACGAGUACGAUGCGCUCUCAGGACCAUCUGGUUCCGGGAUAGACUUUUUCCAUUCAUUCUAUUUUUCUUUCAUCUCGAUGACUACCAUUGGUCUUGGUGACGUCAUGCCAAAUAACGUGACGUUUGCACCCAUCAUUACCGUGGUGUUUUUCUUUGGAAUGCCAAUAUUGAGGGUCGUCAACAGAAGCACAUAUAUUUGUGUAGAAAAUGGAGUAUUUGGCACGAUGACAGUAUUGGAAAACCGGUUAGACAGCUGUUGGACUGGUAUGCAACCAAACGAUUCAGAAGCGCAGCCAGCUCCUCCUCACCCAUCGAUCCAGCGAAGUGACACUGUGGAAAAAACUGGAGAUUCCUCUGACGAGGAAACUCAAGCAGAUCAGUUCCUGAACAACUUCACGAUUCGUUCGAUUGCGACAUUCAUGAGGUCGCAUUCGGACGUGUACGGUGGGGGCUUCGGCCGAGUAAACCUAAGACGAAGCGAUCUGUUGCCGCAAAGUGCCGACGGCGUCCGCUCGAUGUCUGUUUCGUCAGGGAGCCGUCGAACUAGCCAAACUCCUCAUUGA